GUGACGCACUUUCCAGAACCGCCCGGGGAGCUGCGCGCGGUUGCUUCUCCCCCACCCCGUCACGUGACCGGGCCGGGCCGGCCAAUGGGCGCGCGGGGCGGCCGGCCGCGGGGCGGGGCCGAGCUGCGCGCUGUCUCGCGGACGGCGGCGGGAGCCCGAGCGCGCGGGCCGCUCCUUCAGCGCGCGCGCGUCGUCCGCUCCCCUCCCCCCGCGCCGGCCCCGCCGCCAUGUCUGAGGAGAAGCCCAAGGAAAGCGUGAAAACAGAGAAUGAUCACAUCAACCUGAAAGUGGCGGGGCAGGACGGCUCCGUGGUGCAGUUCAAGAUCAAGCGGCACACGCCGCUCAGCAAGCUGAUGAAGGCGUACUGCGAGCGGCAGGGCUUGUCGAUGAGGCAGAUUAGAUUCAGAUUUGAUGGACAACCAAUUAGUGAAUCAGAUACACCUGCACAGCUGGAGAUGGAAGAUGAAGACACUAUUGACGUGUUCCAGCAGCAGACGGGUGGGGUGUGUUAAGACACCAGGAGCUCCGGGAUCCUCGUCACACCUCGCUCUCAUCUGUCCUCGGGUUUGCUAUGAAAUAGUGAACAAAUUAACACGCCAAUCACACGGGGCUCUUCGAAACUUUAGAGGACAUUUCCCAAAAUCGCUUGUUGUCUUUGACGUACUGCGUGUGCGAGUCAAAACAGUCUCUGCAGGGAUUAAUCUAUAUCUUAAAUUGGGCCAAUUUGAUUUAAGUUUAGAUUAAGUAAUAUGCGUUGUCUCUCUGCUGUGUUGGUUUUUUUUCUUUAAACCGGUGGCCUAAACAUUCAUCCAUGUGUUGGGACAUGGAGUGUUCAUUCCUGGCUCUUGUCUUACCCCUCUGUUUAAUUCUUAUCGUGUAAAUAAUUCAGUAUAUUUUCAUGCCACCUGUGAGCGUAAAAGUUUCAAGAUAUGCCUGGGAGAAGGAGAAAAGAUGCUGAUUUAAAAUUUUUAGCACAUUUUGCAGGCACAGUUCCUUCCAACACAAGAUCCAACGCUGAGAUAGGGCUGGAGUUUGAAACAUUUACACGUGCUUUGUCAUAUUAUGAUAAAGUCAUCUGAAAUAUACCUUUUUUUUUUUAAAAUGCAGGGGUGAGAUUUGUGCUGAAUUAUUGUUGGAACUGGAGUUAGCAGAGCAGCUGGUCCAAAAACCACCGCUCGCCAUGGAGCGGCGGCAUUGUUUUGUUGCGCAAGUUUAUAAAAAGAGUUUAUAAAAAGCUGAACCUGUCGCCAUCCUCCCGCUGCCUUUCAUGUGGCUCUUUAUUCCCCAGCGGCAAUUAGAAGCGUGCAGCCUCCACUUUAUUUUAAUACUUGUUUUUGGUAGAGAAAAGUGAUAAAUGGGGGCGGGGGGGGACACACAGAAAUAAAAGCACCUUUUAAUGUCCCCAAGCUGCACAGAAGAGCUGUCAUGAACGCAGUGAGCAGGGAAAGGGAUAAAUGUGUGCCUGUGUUCAAAAAACACGUGAUUCUCUGUGCUGCUGCCUCCCAAAAGUGAGUUUUAAGUGCGUUUCUGUGCCGGGUUUGAGCCCUGUGCUGCGGUGGAGUCUGUUGCAGAUGACUUUUUCCGUCCUGUUGUCACUCCGUAGCUUGUUCACUGCUCCGCGGGAUCGUUACCUGCCCCUGUGACCGCUGGAUCAUCUCCCGCUUGCUGGAAAUCUUGCUGGAAAAGCCCUUGUUUUCAUUUUCUUGUACGUCUGUUCACCGAUUUGUACAUUUAUUUGUCGUCCUUUCCUCUUGUACACAGUAAAUCUAGUUUGGUACUCUG